UUGAGCAUGCGCGCUGGGGUAUGACCGCGGCCCGCAGUGGUUGCCUGGCAACCGCGAGCGGUUACGGAGGUCCAGGGCGCAGGCUGUGGGGGGUGUGCGGAGGCCAAGAGAGGGCAGAGAAGCGGGGAAGGGACCGUCCCCUGCAGGGGUAGGAGGGCCUGGCCCCGGGACUCCCGCCUGCGCAUCCCCCCGGGCUGCCACGGCCGUCGGUCCCAGGGCACCCGAGGUCCGCACCCGGAGAAGAAUGAGAGGAAUGCAACGUGAUGACAUGGUCUGAUACAGCCAAGCAAGCAGCAGUGCUCCCUGAUUUGGCAUGUUUAAAAACAAGGGGCACUCGUGUAAGCGAGGCAACUUAGCAAUCACUGCGGUUGCUUUACAAGAUCACAUCUUACAUGACCUUCAGCUACAGAACCCUUCGGCGGUCGACCCUUCCCAGACAAAGGCACAGCAGAGAGCGAACGCACUCAGAUCUCUAAAAAGGAAUGCGAAAGCUGUAACAGACACAGGACUUCAAAGGAGGACACAGGGCCCCAGAGAGGCUGAUCCAGAAAGAGAGUAUGUUCUCGAUCCCAAACCCCCACCAUUAACUUUAGCGCAGAGGCUGGGCCUGUUCGAACCUCCCCCGCUGCCACUCUCAGCAGACGAGUGGGACAGAGUGAGGCAGAGGUCCCUGUCGCAGGGGGACUCCGUGCAGCCCUGCCCGGUGUGCAAGGAGGAGUUCCAGCUGCGCCCCCAGGUGCUGCUCUCCUGCUCCCACGUGUUCCACAGGGCGUGCCUCCAGGCCUUUGAAAAGUUCACAGGUAAGAAAACCUGUCCCCUCUGCAGAAAGAACCAGUACCAGACCCGAGUGAUCCACGACGGGGCCCAGCUGUUCAGAAGAAAGUGCGUGACAAGGAUCCAAGCCUGCUGGCGGGGACACGUGGUCAGGAAGUGGUACCGGGACCUGAGGAGGACGCUGCCACCCACCGACGCCAGGCUGAGGAGGAAGUUCUUUGAAGAAAAGUUCACAGAGAUCAGCCAGCGCAUGCUCUGCUCCUACCACACGGACAUCGACGAGCUCCUGGCGGAAAUCGACCACUGCCUGGCCGUCAACCGCAGCGUCCUGCAGCAGCUGGACCAGCAGUGCGGCCGCAGGCUCACGGACGACGACUGGCAGCAGAUCCGGGCGCAGGCGCUGCGCCGGGACACCCACGAGUGCUCCAUCUGCCUCACGCCGCUGUCCGUGGGCCCCGGCGGCCCCUCGGGGGCGGGCGGCGGCGCACCGGCACGGCCCACGGUGCUCCUGUCCUGCUCGCACGUGUUCCACCACGCCUGCCUGCUGGCCCUGGAGCGGCUGUCCUGGGGGGACGCCUCCCCCUUCCACGUCUGCCCCCUCUGCCGCUCCUGCUACCAGAAGAGGGUUCUGGAGAGUUGAGUUCGCAGGAAGGAAGAACUCCCAUCAUUCGGGGGCAACGUCGACCUUGAUUUGGGAUGGAUCGUGGGAGUUUGGGGUUGAGCACUACAGUGUAAGCUGUUCUGCAGCGAAGAAGCUGUUUAAUACUUGCACACGGGAAGCAUAACUGUAUUUUAAAAAGUGACAACCGACCUGGUUUUCGUCUCUAGAGAAAGAAAACUUCAAGUUUGUGAAUCCCAUCAGUUGAAGCAAGCGGGGACGGCUGAAACUGGAGUUUCUGAGGCCCUGUGCCUUGCCGACCUGCGUGCGCCCGGCGGACCUCGGGUGCCCCGGGACAGCACGCGCCUGCCCACUCCCAGGCCAGCAGGCCAGCUCCCUGGCCAGCUCACGAGGCUCUGGGCAGCCCCUGGGGGCGUGGCUACUGCCCGUCACAGGUGACCUGAGCCGGGUCGCCAGAGACCACCCAGGGCCUCGUGGCCCCUCCGCCACUGGAACACUCUGCAGGAACUGCUUCCCUCCUCCGUGUGACACGUCCCUCCCGGUGGCACUUGUGUGCGUGAACCCAAGCGUAAAAAUAAACCAUUUGGCUCUAGGA